AUUCUCGUAGAGGAUCUCUUUGGUGAAGUUGCUACAGAGCGAGAGGUAGAGAAGCUUGCUAAUAAACUACACGAAGCCAAGUCAACUAAAAGCUUUGAUUCAUUUGAGAUACUGGCUAAAUAUGUUGGUUCUACGUCACUGUCGCUAUUGGUUACACCUCUGCGAGAGAACGACAAGCUACCGAUAAUUACAGCCAAGAAAGACGUGAAAAAAGAUGAAACAAAAUCUCGAMCAUCCGAACAAAGUCUACUACCUCAGGAUUCCUACAUCAUCAGCCCCACCCCUGUACGCGGUGGAAAGCUUCCUGGCACAAGUACCAAGACCAACGCCCAUAUUAUCGUGGAGUUUGGUCUUCAGAUGCUCAAUACAGCUUUAAAACGAGGCAAGAUGUCUGCCGCUGACCAGUCGCACCUGCAGCUGCUAGACCCAUUUGUAUCUGUGCUAUCAGACUGUCUUGACACCAAAUAUGCAAAGGUGUCGACUCUGAGCUUGCGAUGUCUUUGUUUUGUAAUAAAGCUUCCCCUCCCCUCCCUAGAAAGGAGUAUUCCAAACAUUGCCAAACUUUUAUUCAAAACUCUCCAAAAGCACGCUACUGCUGGCGGUAAAGUAGGCGAGAACUACGAAAUGGUUUUAUCUACUUUCAAGGCUAUGACGGCCAUCAUACGGGACUUCAAUAAAUACACCAUUGCYGAAAAACAUCUGCAGGUUCUCUUGGGCUUCGUGGAAGAAGAUAUACAUGAUCAUUCAAGACAAGGCACAGCUUUUCCUCUUCUGAAGGCAAUCUUAACGCGAAAACUUGUUGUGCCCGAAAUCCAUGACGUCAUGAAGAAAGUUUGUCAGCUGUCRAUCACYGGAGCCACGCCAAAUGUUCAACAACAGUGCAGACAGUGUGUAAUACAGUAUGUAUUGGACUACCCAUUGGGCAAGAAGCUUCAGCGCUUAUUGGAAUUCUUUGCUUCUCAGCUAAGCUAUGAACAUGAGACUGGGCGAGUGUCAGCUUUGGAGAUGAUGACAACAUUUUUCAACGCUUUCCCUGAGUCUAUGUUAUUCAACUACGCGUCAUUCUUUUUUGUGCCGCUGACAACAAGACUCGUCAACGACGACUCAGCGAAUUGUCGGAAACUCACAGCAACAGCCAUAAAAGGAUUGCUGCAAAAGCUUGACGUUGAACGUCGUGAUAGUUUAUUUGCGAUGGUCGUGCAGUGGUUCGCUAAUGAGAAGGUCGUUCUUCGUCGAUUGGCUGCUCAACUCUGUGGCCUUUUCGUGGAAGUCGAACGUAAGGGAUUUGACAGACGUUUAGAAACGACCUUGCCUCUUAUUGCUGAAUUACUAGAACCUAAGCAGUAUGAAACGGAGGACCAUACAGAAUCAUCCAUCGRUGACGUCACUACAUUAAACCGAUCGAUGGAUCAUUUGCUCUUCAAUGCACUGACUACUUUGGCUAAAAUAUUACAAGACAACAGAUUAAUAUGGUCGGACAAAUACAAAGACUUUAUGGAAAAUAUAUGGGAAUCAGUUGAAAGUCAUUUUUUUUUUCCCCAUGUGUGGGUGCGUCUAGUGUCAAGCCGUUUAUUUGGUUUGCUGUUUUUUUUUUGGAAGCCAGAAGAACUGGUGGAGAACACGGGCAGUCAAAUACCAAGCUAUUUUUUUUAUGAUACGUACGGCAAGGUUGUUAAGCUUUGCAGCGACUUCUGUACUCAAAUAGAAUCACAAUUCCUUCAACAAGAUCUCAGUGAUCAGGUCAUCAAGAAUUUAGUUUAUCUUGCAAAGGUUCUAAUUCUUUACUUUUUUUUCAGUUCCCAAAGGACUGGGAAUGAAUUCACCUUGGUAACGCUCUUUGGUAUUUUUUUUAAGUUGGCUACCCAUGAGGCAUCGCAAGCACCAAAGAUAACUUCGAAGCGUUCAUGUGCAAUGCGAUGGAUAGCUGCCAUCUCCAUGGUUCUUGGUAAAGAUAACAUCAUGCCAUACUUUUUUUUCAUCGUCCAACCCAUCCACCGAGAAUUAGAAAUCAAAACCACUUACAAAGUUCCCGAGCUACAAAAGGUGACACAAGAGGUAUUGGAACUAGUGAAAGGAAUUUUUUUUUGUGAUUCUGUGUCACGUGUUUAUGCGAGUCUCCAAAGUGACGUCACUGACCUUAAAGAAAAACGGAAGAAGAAAAGAGCUUUAGAGGCUGUUGCUUUUUUUUAACAGAGCGCACGAAAGAAGAUGAAACGGAAUUUAUCGAAAAAGGAGGCGCGAAAACGCAAAAUUGAUAAAUUCAAACCUGAAAGGAAACUUAAGAAGACACGAUUUGUUUUUUUUGAGGACUAAGUUUUUUUACUUAUUUGUUAUUAUAAGUCAAUUU